GGGAUGGAACUGGGAGCUCCGGUUGCCGGUAACACUGUCCUAGGGUUUAAGUUUUGCUGCAUGUGAGCUUAGUAAAAAGAUCUAGUGGAGUAUGAUUAUAUAUGUAUAUAUAUAUGUAUGUAUAUGAUAAUUAAGGUGUUGAAUUUAAGCUAAAGUAGGAUGGAUUUUGAGGAUCAAGAAGAGGAGCAAGAGGGAGAGGUUGGGUUGGGCCCGAGUUACGAUGACUCACUGGGGAACUCCAACUCGACCCGGGCGGCGCCCAUUUCGGGUACCGUGGCGGGCCCAGCGGGUACCUCCACGUCGCUCCGCCGCAGCAGCAGCAGAGGGCCACGCUGCUGGCCCUGCCGUCGAACUCCGGCGGCGGAGGUGGAAGUGGGUCAAGAGAUGAGAUGGAGGAUUACUAUUCUAACCCCAGCAGCAGCGGCGGGAAGAAGAGAUUCAGAACCAAGUUCACGCAAGAGCAGAAGGACAAAAUGCUGAAUUUUGCUGAGCGUCUGGGGUGGAAAAUCCAGAAGCAGGAUGAGGAAAUGGUGCAGCAGUUCUGCAGCGAAUUGGGCAUCAAGAGACAUGUGCUCAAAGUCUGGAUGCACAACAAUAAGCACACUCUUGGAGGAGAGAGCAAGAAUUAGCAGAUGGACAAGAUUUAUUUGAAUGCGGGUUGGUGAGUAGUACUCAGAAUUAGUUUCCUCGGAAAUUUGUUGUUGUCAUUGUUGUUGCUCUCAUAAUUCGAUCUAGUACUACUCUUAAGUUCAAUUAGGGUUUUUAUUUUCUCAUUUUGUGUAUGUAUAUUGAUUCUUUCCCUCAAUCAAUUCCCUGGUGUCCGGAGUGUGGUUUAUUACCUUAA